UACAGAGAGAGUGAGAGACAGAGAAAAUAAUAGUGAGAAAAGCAGUCAGAAAGAGAAAAGAGAGAGAAAGAGUUGGAUAGAGGCACAGCAAAAAACACAGUCAGAGAGGUAGACUAAGAGAGGAAAAGACUUCAGAGAUUCAACAAUCAAAUCGACUGAGCAGGGUCAGGAUCUGAAACUUCCGGGAUCCAGAUUCUUCACCAUGGUCGACCCGACAGGAUUGACACCUGAAGCUGAUUUCACUCUUACACAGAGGGGUUCAUCCUCAGGAUGGAGUUCCUACAUAUCAGUUCCAACCAGCAUUGAAUCUGCAGGUAGUGCCAACCUCACAGAUGCCAACAACACACAUGACUGCAAGGUCAGUGCCAACUUCCAGUACAUCAUGUUUCCCGUGGUUUACAGUGUUGUGUUCAUCUUUGGCACAGUGUCCAACUGCUGUGUGCUCUGGUAUCUCUUCAGGAAGAAGGGCGCUUUCUCUCCCUCUGAUGUGUUCAUGGUCAACCUGGCCGUGAUUGACCUCAUCUUUGCCACAACUCUUCCAUUCAAAGUUGCCUAUCAUGCUUUGGAGAAUGACUGGAUCUUCGGGGAGUUGGCGUGUAAAAUCACCGGCUCCCUAUUCUUUGCCAAUAUGUACGGCAGCACUUUGUUCCUCACUUGCAUCUGCGUGGAUCGCUACAUCGCCGUGGUCCAUCCCAUCAAAUCACUGCAGCUCCGUAGGCCUCGGUAUCGCAUCGUCAUUUGUUGCCUCAUCUGGCUGCUUCUGGCCGCCAGCCUUCUCUACUUGACCAUCAAAGGGCCUCUGACCAGCAAGUUUCCCAAUGGCAAGAUCGCCUGCCUAGAGAAUUUCUCUUCAAGGUCCUGGAAUCGGAGGAUCUCUGGGAUCAGCAUCGGGGCUGCAGUCAUUGGGUUCUUCAUCCCGUUAGUGGUGAUCAUAAUCUGCUACCCCCUCAUUGCCAGAAAGUUACUGGAACACAAAGCCGGCACGGACAAGGUGCAUGUGGUGAAGAAAAAAGCCCUCCGUAUGGUGCUCCUGGUGCUGGUGGUCUUCAUCAUUUGUUUUGUCCCUUAUCACCUCAACCAACUCAUCCACACCCUCAGGCGCAUCAAGUUGCUAUCCACCUGCCGACUCAUCCAGUUCACCUACUCGGCCCGGCGAGUCACUAUGGCCCUGACCAGCCUCAACAGCUGCCUGGACCCCUUGAUCUAUUCAUUCGCGAGUGACACCUUCAAGUGGAGAAGGUUGUGCUGCGGAGAGAAGCUUCCAUUUAACGUCACCUUUCGAUCAAAAGACACGUCGGAGAGAAGAACUGGAUCAUCAGUCAUUCAAGCGUCUCGUCACUGAGACCCCAGGAUGGCCUCUUCCUUCUCAGUGCCCUGGCCGUGCGGAUGCUGAAGAACGUUUAAUGAUGGGGGUGGGAAUGCUGUUGGGGUGUGGAAGGGAUGGGGGAUGAGGGAAAGGGUUAGAGGCUCAUGGUGGUUGUACAUGGUGGUUACUGAUUCGCAACAGGCGUUGCAGCACCUCCAGUGGUGGGAGAUUGUAAUUACAUCGUUAUCAAAUUAUUUCCACGCGCACACAGGCAUUCACAAGGUUUCUAUAACAGACAAACAUUUACACCAACACUCACACAAUUUAUCCAGCAGACACACACUCAUACAAACAUUCUGUCUCCCUCUCUCUCUCUUACACACGUAUACAUACACACACACACAACAUACAAAAUAUUUCUCUGGUAGACACAUACUGACACUUUCUCUCAAACAUGAUUCAUUUCACUCAAGCUUUCUCAUACACACCCACACACACAAUAUUCUUUCCCUUCUCAGACACUCAAAUAUUGCUGAAAAAAACAGUCAUGUCAAAGAUUUUCAUGUUGCACUUUUCAGGACACCGCAAGAAUACCAAUUUAUGGGGGGGAAGACAGCAAUUUAUACUGUCUGCGAAGAGUGUGCUGAUUGACUGGCAAGUGGACUCUGAUUGGUAGAUGAGUUGCCAUGGGGAAUGCACCAGCGAUGGUGAUGGGCAGUUAACUGUCGAGCAUUGUUUGAAAUUUAAACCCAGCAACUUGACCCUGCUUGGUCAAUGCAUUGUCCUGAGGAAUGAGUCAGCGAAUGGCUGUCACUUAUUUUGUUUAGCUGAAACAAGCAGAAUAUGUGUACAUCUUCUUCCUGGCUGCGAAGAACAGGGUUCAGUGUAUUAAUAUAAGUAGCUUCCAGUAUAUGCAAAUGCACCACACUACGAGCCCAACUGACAAUCUUAAAUUGGUUGUGUUACAGUAACAAUUUAUUGAUAGGGAAUGAAUUACUUAAAAUCUCCAAGCGGCCGGUGCUACCUAGCACAUUAACAGUUAAAGAUUACCAGAUGAAUUUUGCACGGCCUUAGGGCCUGCAAACAACAGAAAGGCCUUGGGAGCCGGACUGUAGUCAGAGGAUGGCAACAACAUAGAUUAAGUAUGCUCUUCAACAGAUAAGGAAAAGACAGAUGGCCCCAGCCUAGAUAGAUGGAGAGGUCACUGCCAGCGUGAAAGAGCAUUGAUGAUGUAACCUAUAUGCUAACAGGAUUGGAAUUUGAAUAUUGUCCUCGUACAUGAUCAGUAGUUUAUAAAUAAAUAAAAUAUGUUGUAUGCUUGUAGUUUGGCAGAGUGCUAUCUCAAGCUGCUUGAGGUGGAUCUCUCCUUGCAAUUGCUUGAAUAAACGAUUGU